AUGAAGUUUAGCAUCCUUCUUUCGGCUCUUGCCGUGACGCCGGCUCUGGCUGUGCCGACUGUCGGAAGCAGAUCUACCUCCAGUUCCACUUCCGGCUACAGCUACAGCUAUGGUAGUCGCAACAAUAGCCACAGCGACAGCAGUCACUACAGCAGUAGCAGCAGCAGUAGCAGCAGCAGCAGCAGCAAUGAUCACAACAGCGACGACUGUGACGACGUGUCGAACAACAGCAAUAACAACGAUCAGAACAGCAACAGCGCCUCGAACAACGGCUGGAGCAAUGGCUUGAACAACGGCAAAAGCAAGCAUCCCACAGACAUCUACGUGGUGAACCCUGCUGGCAAGUCCGGCACGGGCUAUGGCAGCAAUUCCGGCACCCAGUACAGCAACAGUUACCGCACCAGGCCAAACAACAACUAUGGGAAGGGCUCUGGCCCAAGCGGCGGUUACGGCAAAUGGCCGGGCAGCGGGGGCGGCAAGGACCCCUGGAACGGUCCCAGCAGUCUCGGUGGCAGACCUUGGAACGGUCCUGGCAACAACCCUUGGGGCAAUCCUGACAAUGGUUCUGGCGGCUUCUCUGGCAAAAGUCUGGGCGACAGUUCCGGCCGUACUCCUGGCAGCGGCUCCAACAGCGGCUCUGGCAGCACUCCUGGCAGCGGCUCCGGCAGCGGCUCUGGUAGCACUCCUGGCAGCGGCUCCGGCAGUGGCUCCAGCAGCGGCUCUGACAACACUCCUGGCAGCGGCUCUGGCAGCACUCCUGGCAGCGGCUCCAGCAGCGGCUCCGGCAGCGGCUCCAGCAGCGGCUCCGGCAGCGGCUCCGGCAGCACUCCUGGCAGCGGCUCCAGCAGCGGCUCUGGUAGCACUCCUGGCAGUGGCUCCAGCAGCGGCUCCGGCAGCGGCUCCAGCAGCGGCUCUGGCAAAGGUUUCAGCGAUCCGGCGAGCCAAGGUCACCGCAACGUUCUCUAUGUCACCAAUUGGGGUAUCUACGGCGCCAACUACCAGCCAGACCAGAUUCCUGCGGACAAGGUCACUCACAUCAACUAUGCUUUUGCUAACAUCCAGGACGACGGUACUGUGUUCUCCUCUGAUCCUUGGGCCGACACUGAAAAGGGCUUCCCCGGUGACAACACCACCGAGCCAGGUAACAACGCCUACGGCCUUGUGAAGCAAAUCUACCAGAAGAAGAUUGAGAACCGCAGUCUCAAGGUUCUUCUCUCCAUCGGUGGCUGGACUUGGUCGCCAAAGUUUCCUCCGGUCGUUGCUGACGACAAGAAACGUGCCCGAUUCGUCGCCUCCGCCGUCAAGCUGAUCACGGAUUGGGGCAUGGAUGGCAUCGACGUUGACUGGGAAUACCCCAACACCCCGGCACUCAACAAGCAGUGUGUCAUCCUUUUACAGGAGCUUCGGCAGGCGCUCGACGAAUACUCGGCCAAGCACGCCAACGGAUAUCACUUCCUUCUUACCUUUGCCGCUCCCGCUGGCUCUCAGAACUAUGGGGCGUUUGACUUGGCGGCCAUGGACAAGAGCCUCGACUACUGGUCUCUGAUGGCUUAUGACUUUGCUGGUAGCUGGGACAACACCACCGCCCAUGCCUCCAACAUCUUCCCCAACCCUUUCAACCCUGUCUCGACAAAGUCCAACAUCAACCAGGCCAUUGAUGACUACAUCAAGGGCGGUGUUGCCCCCGCCAAGUUCAACCUUGGCAUCCCACUGUACGGCCGUGGCUUCAACAACACGGAUGGUAUGGGAAAGCCGUACCACGGCGUCCCCGUCGACUCGCUCGGAAACCAGGGCACCUUGAUGUACAAGUACCUUCCCCUCCCCGGCGCCAAGGUCGAGUUCGACCCCAUCGCUCAGGGAACGUACAGCUACGACAGCAAGACGAGACAGCUUUAUUCUUUUGAUGACAUCAAGAGCGCCGGCGCCAAGGCGGACUACCUCCAGUUCCGAGGCCUCGGAGGUGCCAUGUACUGGGAGGGUUCGGGUGACAAGACUGGCGACGAGAGCAUCGUGUCUUACGUCGCCAAGAAGAUUGGGCUGGAGAAGUCCCAGAACUUGCUGUGGUACCCUGUUUCUGUGUAUGACAACAUUCGCGGGAACCUGGGCCAGGCAGUUGCAAAGCAGUCGUAA